AUGAGUUCUACCCUUUUCUCAUGGAGUCCGGGAUCAAAGGAGAUGAGGGCAAGAAGGGAACUCAACACGGGGUCGGGUUACGGGUUAGGCAAGGAAUCAGAGCGGCUGAACGAAAACCGGCAUAGAAUGGAAUUGAUUGGUUCGCCACUUCUGAAGAAGCGAAGGAGGAGGGCGCAAGGAUCAACCAGCUCUUCUUAUUACGAUUACGUGAGUUUUGACUAUCGGGAUUUGGCUCAUUCAAUGCCAUCAACCAAGGAAGUUUUUCGACUUCAGGGAGCUCAGUUGAGUGGAAGCCGCCAAAGGAGAAGAAUGCCUUUGAAAGGAAGGAGCGGUCGAACGGAAGCCUCUUGCAUGAGAAAUGCUAGCCUUCAUUCCCUUGCAAAGAAGGUUGACUCUUCAACCAGUCUCCUAUCCUUUGAAAAGGCCCGCAGCCCGGGGCGCUUAGGUUUAGGUCGGCUAAGCAAAUCAGUUUUGCGAAGUAGGACAUCCUAUCCCUUACGUGGUGAGGCACUAGUUUCAAAAGAAUCUCCUAUUGCUAUUGGUUCUUAUGUAUGGGUUCUCUGUUAUGGUAUAAGUGCUGUAAGUAAGGAUGGUCUACAAUCAGGGCCGGAUCGGGGCCUUAGAUCCUAUUUCCUGGUUAACCAAGCAAGGGAAGCUCAUCUCGAACACAAGGAAGAUGAAAACUUAGAUAUAUAUCGUAUUAAUAUGAUUAAUCAUGCCCAGCUAAAGAACAAGGAAGCGCUUAGCUUACUUUUGUGGUAA